AGAUAACAGUGGGAGGUUUCUUCUGCAUGUGAAAAAAAAAAGAGGAUUUUACCUUCUAUAAAAACCAGGGUUGGAGAUGAAGUCCUCUCAUCAUCAGGAUCACUCAGCAAUCAUGAGGUCUCUGGUUUUUGUUCUGCUCAUCGGAGCUGCCUUCGCCCUUGAUGACGACAAGAUCGUCGGAGGGUACGAGUGCACCCCCUACUCCCAGCCCCAUCAGGUGUCUCUGAAUGUUGGCUACCACUUCUGCGGCGGCUCUCUGGUCAACAGCGAAUGGGUUGUGUCUGCUGCUCACUGCUACCAGUCCCGAUUGCAGGUGCGUCUGGGAGAGCACCACAUCCGGAUCAACGAGGGAUCUGAGCAGUUCAUCGACUCCUCCCGUGUCAUCCGUCACCCCGGAUACAAUUCCUUCACCAUUGACAAUGACAUCAUGCUGAUCAAGCUGAGCAAUCCUGCCACCCUCAACCAGUACGUGCAGCCCGUGUCUCUGCCCUCCAGCUGCGCUCCUGCUGGCACCAUGUGCUUGGUCUCUGGAUGGGGUAACACCAUGAACCCCGCUGAUGACGGCGACAAGCUGCAGUGCCUGAACAUCCCCAUCCUGUCUGACUCCGACUGCAACAACUCCUACCCCGGCAUGAUCACCAACUCCAUGUUCUGCGCUGGAUACCUGGAGGGAGGCAAGGACUCUUGCCAGGGUGACUCUGGUGGCCCCGUUGUGUGCAACGGCCAGCUGCAGGGAAUUGUCUCCUGGGGAUACGGAUGCGCUGAGAGGAACCACCCUGGUGUCUACGCCAAGGUCUGCAUCUUCAACGACUGGCUGCAGAGCACCAUGGCUAGCAACUAAGGCGGAUUCUUCUACGACCAUCCCACACAGCUGCACAACUUCUGCUAUUUCAAUCUAUCUGCUGAUGUGGAGUUUAGAACAUUUUGCAGCCGAUUAUCUUAAAGGUCAAUAAAAUCUUAAACCUCAA